UGGGGUUUAAAAUAGCUUUGUCAACGUGAUAAAUUCAAUUGUUCUAAAAGAUACAAGAAAGUGAAAAUAUCCUCAUUCCCAAUGAACGCACCACUUACGUACACCACAAAGGGCGGUGUUCAUUUAUCCAGUUAUGUCCUAAGUGUUGACUUGCAGGUAGUUUUGACGUAAUGGCAGUGGUUUACCUCGGCAAGUGUAAGCCUUAACAUAUUCCCACAACUGCUAAUAAUGAGUCCGAAAAGACGGUUUUGUGAAUAACAAUUGCAGAAUCGUGACUUUGAGUGACAAUUUAAUGCAGCCUGCGAAACUAAAAACGGGGUGAAGCGCUAACAAGCGGCACCUCUUCGGCAGCUCAGUGGGGCUCCGAAGCUAGGCUAGCUACCUGUGUGGUGUGUCGGCGGUUGCACAUGCUAACGCUGCGUCCGGUAACCUUCUCCAAACAACAUGACUCAUCUAUUAGCAGCUGGCGACCAGCAUAUUCUGCCUUGAAAUGAGCCCGACGAGUUAACCUGUUUGGAGUAACGCGAGAAACGAGAGAGGGGCUUGCUCCACACUAAACACCAGCGACGGGUAGCCUUGACAACAGCUUCCUCCUGUCGCCAACCGAAGUUCCUCCUCCGCCUCCGGAUGAGGUAGUUUAACGGGUUAGCUGUAUGAAACCCACCCAGGCGGUGAGUACAUGUCUACUACGGAGUGAACCACGAGGAAAUCCCGCUGUACAUGUUUCGCCAAGAAGUCGGUGUGACGUCUUUUAUCCCAUCUUGUUCGUAUCUAUUCCAACCCGAAAAGAGGAACAUGUCCCGGUACAACAUAUACAGCCUGCUGGACUGGAUUUACGGCGGGGUGGACCCGAAGUUUGAGGGCAACGGGGGGCCCGAGUGCGCAGCCUUCCUCCCGCUCCAGCAGCGCAUCGUGGAGAGCCUGGCCAUCCUCUUCAUCUCGCUGCUGGAGGUCGGUGUUGCACUGAAGAAGAUAAACUUUGCAAAGGAGUUCAAGGUUGUCGGCGGGGACUGCGUGAAGCCGAAGAAGGACAGUCUGGGCAAGAACCUGUUGCUGGUCUCACUUUGCAUGACUUUUGGAAUAGAAGUCGGGUUCAAGUUUGCGACUAAGACUGUGAUAUAUCUUCUGAAUCCCUGCCAUAUAGUCACCAUGAUUCAGAUCUUCCUGCUGGCCUGCCCGCCGUGCAAAACAGCGAUGAUUGUAUUUAGACUGCAUAUUCACAUGCUGAAUGGAGCACUGUUGGGUUUAGCGUUCCCUAUAGUCAACACCAGGCUGCUGCCGUUUGAGAUGGAGACCUACUACAUCCAACAUUCCAUGAUGUAUUGGGUGCCUGUUUACCUCAUGAGGAAAGGAGGUGUGUACCGGCCCGAGCCUCUGGGGAACAUGUGGUGGGCGCUGCUCUCCACUGGCAUCCUGUUUCUCUACCACAUCAUCUUCCUGCAGCCCCUUGGCCUGGCGACAGAGGUCAACCUGAACAACAUGCUGUGUCCGGCCGUGUCCGAUCCCUUCUACGGGCCGUGGUACCGGGUGUGGGCGACGGGCCACCAGACUGCGCUGACGCUGAUCCAUGGGAAGCUCCUGACAUUCCUCUCUCAGUACAGCGGCUCCGCCUGCAGAUACCUGCUGGACACGCUUCCACUGCGCAGCAAGAAGGUCGACUAGACGUCCGCGCAGACGCGGCCCCCCCGAGGCUUUGUUCUGUUUGACAUCUACGUUUUCUGGAAUCUUUUAGCCCUGUUGAGACAUGGGCAGCUUUUCAGGGGCCAAUAAAACCCACACAUCAUUCUUGGUGGCUCAAAUACGUAUGUGUACAAUUUCCAUGCUGGUUGUUAAGCAGCUGGACAUGCGCUCACUGACAGGGUUUCCCCCAGAAAACUUCUAAGCCCGGUGGCAGGGCGGUCCACCAGCGGCACGCCGUUUUUUUGUUUUUCUGUUUGUUUUUUGUGUUAAAAAAAUGCUAAAAGUUGACUGUAAAUUUAUUAUGACUAAGUAACUGUAUGCUAUUUGAAGGUAUUAUUGACAACACCUAAACACACAACUGUAGUUUUAAAAAUACAAACACAAAAAAUAUUAUUAAUUCAAAUUGUCAGUUUUUUGCACUAAUUUCUAACUAAGUAAUCAGACAUUGGCCUGUUAUGUAAUGCUGGUCACACUCAGCCGGCCUAAUGCAUAAACAAACUAAGCAGCUGCUUGGAGCCGCCAUUUUAACAUGGACCAUAGUUCUUUUAACAUUUUAACAUUUGUUUUUAUUGAGAAUAAAAAUGCUAUCAAAUUUGAUGUAAUUGUUUCAGUAGAGAUAAAAGCUUUAAAUUCUUUGCCAUUUAAAUUUAAGAUUUGAAAAAGCUGGCAAGAUUACCUUUUAAAAGUUCAAAAAAUAACUCUUCAUAGUAUGAUUGUUGUGUUACCAUAACUACAACAUGAGGCUAUGAGUUUAAUCUGCGUUUGAGCUUGGUUUGUUCACAAAUAAUAACCAAUUACCAGUUUUACAGUUUAUUUAAGUACAUUAACUAAAUGUACUUAGUGUACAAAAUUCAAGUAUUUCUCCUAUUAAGUUUUCCUUUAGUAAUGUCUGCUGCUUGGUGCAGUAUUUUGCUGGUUGGGAUUGGUUAUUAUUUAUCCAAGCGAAUGCAGUAUUUGCGAGGAAAGCUGUUUGAAAACGACUAGUCUACGAUUGACUGGUUAACUUUAUCAAGUUGCAAGUGCAGAGAAGAGUCAAGCGCAUGCCAGAACUCGUGUUGAGCUCGUGGGAUACGUAAACACAUACGCCGCACGUCACUCUUCGUUCGCAACGAGAACCUCAAAAAGCGCGACUAUAUGUGAAAUCGUAUCGGCGGCUUACGUUGCGCUUGCGCGAGCGUAAGCCCGGAACUCCUUCCGGUUUGAGUGAAAGGUGGCGCGCGCCAUUUGCAAAACUUCAAGGGGCGCAUGCGUCAAUGACCAGACGCCAACACGUCGUCGCGCCCAGCUUAAUGCACCAACUAUAGGUCCGUCUUCACUAUCGCUGUUACUGGUGUGUUAAAAGCUAAUCUGAAAUAAACAAACUAGCGACGUGCGCGGGGCAAGUAAAGCCAAGCGGCCGCCGGGCUUGUAAUGGCGGAAGCUGGGGGAAACCUUGUGAUACAGUUUUCAUCCUGCUGCCUUUUUUUUUUUUUUUUUUUUUGUAAAUGUAAAGUCGACGUUGAGUACCUGAAUGGUCCCACCUGCCUGUGGCGCAGGUGGGACCAUUCAGGUACUCAGCGGGUGGGAGGCGCUGCUUCCAGUUCUGACUGAGUUUAGUUUUUACUGAGUCGUUUUUAUUUGUCUCAAGUGCGCUUUGAAGCAGAUUUUAAAUGUGAGCUGUUGUUAAAGUCACUGCUUGUUUAAUAGCGCGUGGAUGUGAAUGUUAUCUUUUGUUGUUUUUUUUUAUGAAUGGAGAAAAAAAACGUAUAUGAUCAGGAUAGGAAAUAAUUUUUGUAAGUGGCUUUUAUCUUCCAGUCUCCAGCCUGUUCAAUGCAUUCCAGUUAUGAUAAUCAGGAGGCAUGAAGGACUUCUUACAUGCUGCAGGUUGAAGUGAAGAAUAACGAGUGAAUGGGUGGGACUUGGGUUGUUGUUUCGUUUCUCUCUCUGUGUUGUUUUUAUCGUGGUGUUUGACUAUAUUCGUUGAGGUUUAACCUUGAGAACAUUGUUAGGAAAAAAAAUAAUUGCCAAUGGCAGGCAGAUGCUGCGUCUUAUCUGGAACUGAAGGUCUUUGCAAAACCAUUCAUACCCGUUGAACCUUUUCCUCGUGUUGUCGUGCUACCACCUCCACAUUUCGAUGACUUUUAUUAGGCCGUCAUUAUUAAAGAAGGUCGUUUCUGGUUUUGCAUGCAUUUGUGUGAAGGUUUCUUCAUUCCGGUGCCCAAGAUAACAGAUAAUAGUUCUUCUGGUUUUAUGCUAAUCCAUUGCCCAAAAGUGGAAAGAGUGUAGCACAGCUACACCUAAACAGCCCAAAGCGGACAUUAUUCAGCAAAGCAGUCUGUAGCCUGUAGCAGUCUGUAUUACAGCGGCUCAGAAGAAGCCUCUGUCUGAAAACUCUGCUGUUUUUUUUUUUUUUUUUUAACAGUCUCGUGAAGAAGAUGCUCAGGGUUUUCCAUAAUUUUUGUAAAGAAUCCUUCUUUGCUCGAUGAUCUCCAGACAUUCCAGAGUAAUCCCCAAAACAGAACCGUUCUUCUUUAUCUUGCUUUUCAGCCUGGUGGACGGCCGUGUCUGGGUGCAGCUGCGCCGUACUCCCGUCAGGUUAUUAUUUCAAAACCUAGCUAUUAUAACCAUGUAUCAUUUUUCCUUCUGCUUCACAAAUAGUCGUGAAUUUAAUCACAUCACCGUUCGUGAACAAGUGCAAUGUGGGUGUGAAUACUUUUACUAGGCUCUCUGUGUAUCAAGACACUUGAAAGAAACUCUUGCUCCAACAGUAACAAAUCAUGCAUAAAAAUGUUUACCUCGAAAAUUCAUGCCGUUAAAUCAACACCUAUCAUAGGAAAAUGUCACUCGUAUGUACAUUUCAUUUCAAGUCCGAGGUGGUUUGUGCACCCGUCUUUAUUUCAGUAUCGAAAAGGGAGAAGAGAAACUUUUGUAGCUCUGAGUUCAGAUGUGUGUUGUGGCAACAAUUAAAGGGAUUUCCAGUGGCCAAAGUUUUCCUUGUGUAUUUUUCUCUUUUUUUUUUGUAUUUAUGUUCUGUAUUAGUCUAAUUUAAGUCAGAUAUUUCUCCUGCUCUAUUUUCUACUGAAAACAAAAUGUCAUUUGAAGAAAAGAUAACAUUUGUUUCGAAUGUAAACGUUUCACUUAGCAGGAGAAUUGGAUGGUUUUUCCCAUGGUGUGUGUAUUUGUUUUUAUUUGUGUGUAGAGUCCUGAGAGUAUGAGGCAUGCUUUCAGAAAAUGUGGGUAAACAACCGAGAAAAACUGUAAUUAGUUUGGGUCUCGGUAUGAAAUCACACCUUGUUUGUUCAGCUGAUCAUACCGUGAACUUCUUAAGACAGAAUAAACUAAUACAGGUGUUUGUCA